AGUCAAAACAAAUUUAAUUAAUGUAUAGUUAUUAUUUUGCCUGCAUCAAAAUUGAAAAUCAAUGAAAAGUUGAAACUUCAAGUAAUUAAUUAAUUAAUUAACAAGAGGGGGAGGGUGUGUCAACUUUUUUUAGAAAAAUGGAACACAUGAACAAUAUUGGUAAUGGAGUGAAUGAUCAAAAUGGGUUGUUUGGUACGAUGGAAAGAGGAUGCAGUGGUGACGGGGAAGGUAGUGGUGGUGGAGGUGGUGGUGAUGAGGUGAGUUUGAAAAAGGGUCCUUGGACAACGGCUGAGGAUGCAAUUUUGAUAGAUUAUGUGACAAAACAUGGUGAAGGGAAUUGGAAUGCAGUUCAAAAAAAUACAGGUUUGAAUCGUUGUGGGAAAAGUUGUAGGCUUAGAUGGGCUAAUCAUUUAAAACCCAAUUUGAAAAAAGGUGCAUUUUCUCCUAAUGAAGAGAAACUCAUUGUUGAACUUCAUGCUCAAUUUGGGAAUAAAUGGGCUAGAAUGGCUACUUUGUUACCUGGAAGAACGGACAAUGAAAUCAAGAAUUACUGGAAUACAAGAAUUAAACGCCGUCAACGACAAGGUCUUCCUCUAUAUUCAGACGAACAUGAUCGUACCAACACACCAACAACAUCAACAACACCUUCACCAUGUGUGACUCCAAAUGGAUCAAACUCUAACAACAUUACAGCAAAAUUUGAGUUUAUCAAUCAAACCCAACACCAAUAUCAACAAAACCAUCAUCAUUCUUCACCACUCCAACAUAGACAACAACAUCAACAACAACAUUCUUAUUCUCCUCACACUUUCUUAGACACUUCACCUACACCAUUGUCAUCUUGUUCACCACUCUCAUUCACUUUCCAAAGACCCACACCACUCUUAUCAACCCCGUUUCGCUUCAAACGCUACCGCUCAAAUCCAAACUUCAGCCUUCAAGUCCCUAAUUCAAUGACACAAAAUUGUACCUCUCCACACCAUGAUCUUUCUUUAACUUCUCAUCAUGAUAGUAAUUUCAAGUUCCCAAUUCAUUAUAACUCAAGUUUCUCGCAAUACUUUAAUACUCCUUUGUUGGAAUCCGACCGAGGAGUCUCUUUUUCAUCGUCUUCGCCUUUCUCAACAAAUUUGGAGCUACCUUCAAACCAAUAUUCAAGAGUAUCCUCUGAACAAGAUAUUAAGGCAAAUAAUAUUGAGUUCAAUAAUGAUCCUAAUGGCUUGAUGGGAGAUCUUUUAAUGGAUGCACAAACAAUUGCUUGUGGACAAAAUUCAAAGAAAAGAAAGUACUUGAGCUUAAAUGAAGGAAAUGAUAUGUUUAAUGGUUGUCAAAGUUAUGAUGAAUUUCCAUUUAACUCUGUAUAUUGGUCUUCUAAUUCAGGUUACUAAUAUUAUCUUUAUAAUAUUGGUUUAUUCUAGAUAAUUUAUUUUGGAUAUUUUUUGGUUGUUUGUUUUUGGGGUUAGAGUACAUUUUAUACUCUAUUUAAUAAAAUUUUGUUUGUAAAUAAAAAA